ACGAAGACGAGGCGCGGACGCAAUCGAGGCAAAUGGGACGCCUUCCGCGGGGAAGGGCGAAAGAUCGCGAACAACGAUACACAAACGAACAACGUGGCGACGAAGACGGGCGAUUGUCCAGCUGACCCAAUUAAGGGAGCCCGCCGGGUGCAAGCGGGCGAGAAGAAGAGGCGAAAUGCGUUUAAUUUGGGCCACCGAGCCAUCCCAUUAGCGCGCGACUCGCCGGAUCACAGAGCGCGCGGCCGGGAAUGUGUCCAUCGUGCCCGAAAAUGGCUUCCCCGCCGGGGGCGCAACAACGAGGUGCGAUUCUCGAAGUGCUCGUCAGCGCAGGGCGGACGACCGACUGACAGUGAAUACGGCGCCUUCAUCUGCCAAGCAAGCAGGAGCCGAGCGCGAACGGAGAAGGAAUAUAGGGCGCUGAUAACGUCAGCCGCGUCCUGCCACGCGCCAGACAACAAAAGAGCGGGCUUAAUUCGACGCAUUCCUACGUCCUAACCGAACUCCUACAGUGUCUGUGUAUACAUAGAGGGACCCAGUUUUUCUUCCGGUCCACCGCGAAGAUGGGAGGGUACGGCGUGUGCCGCCUCCCGGGGUAACGCCUGCAACCUGCGGCGAACCGACCGGUCCCUGGCGUCGUUGUCGUCGCUUUAACGAGACCCUCCCUCACCCCCACCUUCCCCAAAUACACGAUGACGUCACCCACUGGCAGCGCCACCACCAGCAAUAGCCGGAAAUAGGCGCUACGGACCGCCGGAGCUCCCGGGCAGGUAAAGAAAACUCCCGUUACGCAGCGUCGUUCGCUUCAAAAAGCGCGCCGCCGCAUCCCAGUCCGUUCGGUGGAGAGAGGGGCGGUGUUUCUCGGAUGAGGAUCAGGCGGUGAGGGGCUUUCCGUGGGGCGCCACACCUUCUCAGUGCAGUGUGACAGGGGCAGCAUCGCGAGCGGUGCCUCUAUGUCGUGUGGCCGCGUGACGACGUGACGAGGGAUGCCUGCCAGCCACUGGGUCCUUGCCGGGAUAUUGACAUUCGUCGUCCCUCUGUGGCUGGCCGACGGCGCAUGGGCCAAGUUCACCCAAAGUGACAGCGAACAGCAGCAACAGUCCAAGGUGGACCAUCGUCACCGACCCUGGCAACGACGCGGUGUGGCCGCCCUGCCGGAGUGCGCGGCGCAACAGGUGUGCUCGGCGCUGUACGUGCGCGUGAACCGGACCCAGCCGCUGUGCGCCUGCCCGGCCGCCUUCGCCGAGCCCUGCUCGGACUCGGCCGAGCUCGACGAGCACACCAUCAAGCUCGUCUCCAACGACAGGCAGGGCACCUUCAACCUCAUCAAGGUGUGCGAGCCCGUGCUGUCGGUACGGCGCUGCCAGGAGCCCCGCGAUUGGCAGCUGCUGGCGCUGCAGAGCACCCGCACGGGCCGCGCCCACUACCUGCUCGUGUGCCGAUGCCCCACGGGCUCGCGCCUGCUGGGGCCCGUGCGCCACACCACGCCGCCGUACGCCAACAUACCAGGCAUCCGCGUGUACGGCAUGCUGUGCGCUCAGGGGCCGGCCUCGCUGCCGCCUAGGGACAGCAGGAACUUCCAGAAGGGUGACUACCCGGAAGCCCCAUGGCCAAAGAUCCUCGAGAUGAUAAAAAAAUCCGGCCUCUACUACAAGCUCUGAUGUGUAUAUGUAGAGCAGAACCACCGUUCGAACGCAACCGUCGACGGCGGUAUCACCAAGGCGAUGACGGGGAGACAGCAGCAGCAGCAGCACACGGCUUCGACUGUGACCAGAUGAGACAAGCAACACAACUACUCAGACCUCCCCAUUCAGAGACACGCCAGUGACGUUUACGGCAGCGGCGCACGCUGUCAUCGGCAAUUCGCCCAAUUAAAAAAAAAUGGGAGGUUUCUCAUUUCACCGCCA